AUGGAUGACAAUAAUGUCGAUGUUGUGAAACAGUUUAUUGAUUAUCUUCAGUCGUUUGGGGCUAAGACUGAGCUCCUCAUUACAGCUCAUAAUGCUAAGUCAUUUGACGCUGUGUUCCUCAUUCACGAGAUCAUAGCAAGGCAACUCCCAGUUGAGAUCACACUUCAAGGGGCAAAAAUUAUUUGUAUGAAAAUUGGUUCAUGGAAAUUUAUUGACUCCUUAAUGUUUCUCCCCAUGCCGCUCAGCGCAAUGCCAAAAUCCUUUAGUCUUCAUGAACUGAAGAAAGGCUGGGCGCCUUACCUUGCUUUUAAGCCUGAGUAUUUUUCAUAUGAGGGACCUAUGCUCCCACGAGAGUUUUACUGUGUAUCCACUAUGAAGUCCACGGCAGCAGACGAGUUUAACUCGUGGUAUGACGAACAAGUCGCUAAUGGUGUUGUGUUCAAUUUCAAAAGAGAGAUUAUUGACUACUGCAUCAGUGAUGUGACGAUCUUAAGACAAGCUUGCUUAGCCUUCAGAAAGCUUUUUGCUGAGACUGCUGGGUUCGACCCCAUGUUCUCUUGUAUAACUCUAAGUAGUGCGUGCAUGGCAGCCUACCGUCGCAACUUCUUACCCGAAAAUACCAUUGGUUUGGUGCCAAGUGGAGGAUACCAUGGGAGGGGUAAUCAGUCUCAUAUUGCCCUAAAAUGGUUGGACUUCGAGUCAUUUAAACUUGGCAAGGUUAUACAAACUAUUUACACUCACAGGGAAGUGUCUGUUAUGGGUCGUCGUGUUGAUGGCUAUAUUGAGCUGGCGCGCCCGGAUGGGAGCGUAGAGAAAAGAAUCUAUCAAUUCUUUGGAGAUUAUUUCCACUCCUGUCCUAAGCAUUACCCUCCCACAGAGGGCGACUCAGAGAACCGCCUCGAGCAGACAAGAAGAAUAACGGCGAUUUUCCGCCGUGCUGGCUACACAGUGAUUGAGAAAUGGGAGUGUGAAUUCAAUGAGGAGCUCAAAAAUGAUCCCGAAGUCAAGGCCUUUUUCAGUACACACCCCACAACACGUGUCCCUCCCCUUCGCUUGCGCGAUGCUUUGGCAGGAGGACGAACAAAUGCUAUGAAAUGGUACUAUAAGGCUGACCUGGCUAAGGGGGAGACUAUUAAAAUGGCAGAUGUCAUCUCGGAAUAUCCGAAUGCUAAUUUGCGUGGGAAAUACGUCACAGGUCACCCACAAAUUUUCCUAGAGGGAAACCCUGACAUGCCCCCAAAAGAGUCAUGGAACGGAGCGAUAAAAUGCACAGUUUUACCGCCACGAGAUCUCUACCUGCCUGUGCUGCCUUAUAGAUCUAAUGGGAAACUCAUGUUUCCGCUUUGUCGCACUUGUGUAGAGACACUAAAUGAGAACAAGUGCACGCAUGAGGACCCAUCCGAACGAGAACUUAUGGACACCUGGUGUGCGCCCGAGCUUCUUCUUGCAUUUAAAAAGGGAUAUCAGCUGAGGAAAAUACACGAAGUCUAUCAGUACCCAGGGGUCAUGGAGUACAACCCUAAAACAGGAGAGGAUGGACUCCUUUCGGCAUAUGUAAGAUGCUUUAUGGCGUUGAAGCUCCAAGCAAGUGGGUGGCCGGCAGGUUGUGACACACCUGAGCAGAAACAAAAAUACAUAGACGAUGUCCGUAAAUAUGACGGUGUUGUUAUCGACCCUGCAGAGGUGGAUAAACGCCCAGCACUUCGGCAGCUAAGCAAACUGCUCCUUAAUUCCUUUUGGGGUAAAUUUGGGGAGAAGACAAGUCGCCCUAAGACAGAGUUCAUCUAUGCAAGGGAUGCACUGCUAAACAUUGUUGCUGACCCCUCUAAGAUUGUCACAGCCCUUGUACCUAUUUCUGAGAACUGCAUGCAGGUCACUUGGAUUCCUAUUCAAGAUGCCGAGGAAACACUAGCCACCUCCUCACUUAUUCACGCUGCCCUAACUACAUGCUUCGGCCGCUUGCAUUUGUACAAGUAUUUGGAUAUUGUACAGGACAGAGCCCUUUACUGUGACACAGACAGCGUAGCUUAUAUCAGCCGCCCUGGUGAACUUGAUCUUACUACCGGAAGUCACUUGGGUGAUUUGACCGACCAGGUGGAAGAAGAUUAUGGAGCCGGCUCUUUUAUCACGGAAAUGGUCUGUGGGGGACCAAAAAAUUACAGUUACAAGGUGGCUGUGGGUGGUGACGUAAACAAUAUCAAGGUGUGCAUAAAAGUAAGGGGAAUCACAAUUAAUAAGUCAUGCGAUGACCUCGUUACAUUUGAGAAUUUGAAGGAGAUGGUAAGGGGGAGAAUAGAAAAAGUACAUGUCCCUAUUCCCAGAAAAAUCACACGAAUCCCUCAUUGGAGAAUUGUGAACAGAGACACGUCCAAAGAUUGGAGGGUAGUUAACACCAAAAGGCGCAGGGUUGAUUUGGAGAACACUGUCCCUCACGGUUACACUGCUUGGCAAGGGGAUGAGGAAGACGAGGAGAUGCUGGAGGUCUUAGGCCAACUUCUCGACGCCUAA